AUGGAUAAACAAAUUGAGAUUUGUUCAGAGUUUAUAGUUGGAUGUUGUUUAAAUGAUGAAUUUAUGUGUGGUGAAAUUACAAAAAAGUGUCUUAAAGAACAUGAUAACACACUCAAGACUGAAUAUAUGAAUGAUAAGAAAAUUGAUAGUUUUUACUUAACAGAUGCACUUGCAUCAUUUGAAUUAGUGAUUAACGACGUAAACAUAAAAAUUAACAAACACAAGGAAAUGCUUAAACCUAAAAUUUCUAAAAAUAUACUCACUGCAAUUAAUAAUGUUCAAGAAUUGAUAGAAUCUGCUAAUGUUGAUAACUUUACCACAAAUUAUAAUUUAUUAAAAAUACACGGUAAGUUAAUUGAAAUGGCUGAUAAUAAUCAAACAGAAGUUAAUUUUUUUGUUUGUGAAAACUGUGGAGUUUUUACAAUAAAGAAAGGUGAAUGUGUGCAUGCAUUCUGUCAAAGUUAUAAGAAGAUUAGAAAUCUUAUUUUAGAAUUAAAGGCUAUAAAAAGUAUUGGAAAGUAA